AUGGCGGCCGGAGAGGAGCUGAUGGCUCUGAUCGACAGGGAGAUUCCUGACGGCAGGAAGAGCCUGCAGGAAAAUUAUAUGAACCUGGAGAAUGUCGCUAAAUACUGCGAGACUAAUUAUCUCAGGGCAAGUACAGCAGAGAAGGCACAUGCUCUGCAGGAAACCAAAAAUUAUACCACACACUCUCUGGCCAGUGUGGCAUAUCAGAUCAACAAUUUGGCAACAAAUUUCUUGAAACUCCUGGACUUGCAGCAGAGCCAGCUGACAGAUAUGGAAUCCAGCGUCAACCAUCUAAACCAGAUUGUGAUGAUUCACAAAGAAAAAGUUGCACGGCGAGAGAUUGGUGUUUUGACGGCUGGAAGGAAAGUCCCUCGUCCCCUUGGCAUGAAAAAUGGCAUCAUCUACCCAGAACAGACAGAACGACCCAUUAAAUAUACUAGGAAGUCUAUCGACUAUAACGUUCUGGAUGAUAUCGGACAUGGAGUUCGGCAACAAGCAACUACUCCGAGAACAGCCCGCAGUCCAUCAGUUAGCAGCACUCACAGCAACAGCAGCAACAGCAACAACAACCAGGCGCCAACAGCUAAACCUCCAACUCCACCCGUAUACAGGGCAGCUUCGGGUGGUGGCACCAUUGGCAGAUCUGCAGGUGGCCAUUAUCGUUCGCUAGGACCUCCUGUAGCACCACCUGUGGCUCCUGCGGCACCUCAGCUGCAGGGUAAUUUUAUGCAUCCUCAGUCUGGCAGAUCUUCGUCUGUAUCUUCUGGGGGAUCAUACUCUCCUUCAAACACGCUGGUCAUGGGUCAGAUCCAUUCACCACCCAUGCAUGGGAUGGGUCAGUCCAUGCCAGCAGUGAUGGGGUAUAAUCCAUCUCCAAGCACGCUUCAAAAUAUGACACGCUCUUCGAAUCCUUCACUCAUGCAUCCUGAAGCCAAGGUUGCUUAUGCUCGGAAUAGUUCUAACCGAGGCCAGAACUGGAUUGAAACCUGCAAUGCCCUCCCCCCACCUCCUGCUGAUGAUGAUUUCCCUGAGCCUUUUAUGGGCCGUGAAGGUUCUCCACAGCCUCCACCACCUCCCUCGGAUGACCAUCCUCAGUUUGAUCACCUAGGGGCGCCUCCUCCUCCACAAGAGUUUGUGGAUCGACGGCAAGGACCUCCAAGUACAAGGGAGGGAAGAAUGAUUGGCAAUGUUCCGGAAGAUCUCUAUGGUACUGCACAUGGUUUAGAUGACCCUUAUGCAGCCACGGGUCCACAGUUGCUGUCGCAACCCUCGUGGAUCCCCAAACACUAUCUAGAGAAAGUGGUAGCCAUCUAUGACUAUCAGGCCAACAAGACGGAUGAGUUGUCAUUCGCUGAAAACGCCGUCAUAUAUGUCAUCCACAAGAACGAUGAUGGCUGGUGGGAAGGGGUCAUGGACGGCCAGACAGGACUGUUCCCGUAUAAUUAUGUUGAGCCAUGUAUGUGA